AUGACCUCUUUCGAUAUGAGUCCGGAUGAGAUGAGAGUGUAUUUGCAAGGAUACUACGGCAUCCCUGUUGCAUUGAGGCGGCAAGGUGAUACCAGUAUUAAAUGCCCUUAUUGUUGCAAGAUGCACUAUCAUAGCCCUCAACCCGGGCACGGGCAUCAUUACACGGCCGCUUGUGAUGAAGAGGAUUGGCACUCCAGAGGGAUCGAUGUUGGUGACAGGUACUUUGUUCCCAACUACGGAUGCACUAUCAUCGAAUACAUUGAUAAGGAUGGAGUAAACUGGAUUCUUCCUGAAGAUGCCGGGGAAAGUAAGGACGAAUAG